AUGGUUUUAAAAAAAUUGCAAGAAAUUGUAACAGUUAUUAAAGACAUCAAAGAAGAAAAUCAAUUAUUAAAAGAGCAAAAUAAUAAAUUAAAGUACGAAGUUACAGUUCUAGAUAAACGUUUGAAUGUAUUAGAACAAAAAGCAAUAGAAAAUUUCGUUAAAAUUGUUGGUGUUCCGAAGGUUAAAAAUGAAGACUGCGUAAAAUCAGUGGAAUUAAUCGCUGAGUCUGUAGGAAUAAAAAAAAUAAUGGCAGAAGUACAAACAUACCAGAGCAAAAAAUCAAUGAAGGACAAUGUAAAGAAGCUGAAAUUAACAGGUAAAUCUGUAAAUAUUAAUUGGAGUGAUGAUAAGAUUUAUAUGAAUGACAGUUUAACACAAUUUAAUAGAAAUCUAUUCUUCAAAGCUAGAGUUUUUACUCGUGAUGUGGGCUAUAAAUUUGUUUGGUUUAAGGACUUUUAA